CCGUUAUUAGCGUGGUGCUGUACAUCGGCGAAGCACAGACAAACUUUCCAUCACGCCAUGUCAUCGUUUCGAAUAGACAGUUCGAUCAGCAGAGAGAAAUAAACAUGGAAAAGCUGUCAGAAAGAGUUGGUGCUGCUAUCUCUAAACGCCAAGAGAGAUUCGGGAACCAAUCGCUCCCUCGCCUUCCUUCGGAGAUUCAAGAGGAUUCCAGAUUGGAUGUUGCCUACCUGCUGAGGGAUGUUGUGGACACGCACCUCCCAGGCUGCCAUAAGGUUGUAUUGUACGACCCGGAUGACGAAAAAUCCGGAUCAAGAUUCACCGACGUCGCUAAGACCCUUCUGCAGGUGUGGGGAGACGCCCUUGUGCUGUGGGAGGUGGAUGCCUUCCUGACGACGCCGCCGCCGUCCUUCUUCACCCUCAGGACCAAACACGUGCGGGCGGACAGGCAAUACUGCGUCGCCUUUGUUAUCCUGGCGGGUCUCGAGACAGUCGCAGAGGUGUUUGCAGAAGUACAGCAGACUUCCUGGUUCCUUGGGACAGCCAAAUACAUCUUGUCGUACACAGCUGAAGUCAUCACUAAGGAGACGUUGGCAGCUGAUCCAGUUCUAGGAGCCAGCUACGACUUCGUGGUGGCGACCCGCAUCCCCCUCGAAGCCAGCGGGCUCCCUCCCCCCGAGUCCUUGGGAGAAGACGCCCCCGGCCUCUUCGCCCUCCUCCAGAACUGCCCCUACUGCGACGCCGGGAACCCUCGGGUGAAUCUUGUGGAUAAGUGGAGUCCUACCGAGGGCUUCCUGAGGGGACGCGAGCUCUAUCCCGAUCUGUUUCGGGACUUCAACGGACACAAAUUCCGUGCUGUAACUUUAGUCUACGAACCAUUUAGCUGCUACGAGAAAACUGACGACGUAAUUAUCCCAGCGGACAAUUGCGUCGACAAUAACAUGUUAAGGGAAAUCGCUAUUAACCUAAACUUCACCUACGUCUUCGUGGAACCAAGUGACGGCCAGUGGGGACAUCGCUUGGAUAAUGGGAGCUAUACAGGAGUGAUCGGGGCGGUGGAGAGAAGGGAAGCCGAUUUCUCCCUCAACAUCGCCAUCACUCAGGACAGAGAAGAGAAGGUGGAUUGUACCAUCGGCUACCACGUGGAACCGAUCACCUUUGCGACUUCGAAACCUCGGCCGUUAAACCAAGCGCUGGCUCUCAUUAGGCCGUUCGCUCCCAAUAUGUGGGCAGCCUUCAGCAUUACUCUGGUGGUGACUGGCCCUUUGUAUUUCCUGGUCUGUAAGUUCACCGUCGCCCCCUUCGAGAAAGUCACUCCUCCGACCUUAGUGAAGUCGUACUUGAUCGUCUUCGCGGCUUGCUUCAACCAAGGCGUAAAGUGGCUGCCAGUGUUCUCAAACCGUGUCUUCGGAAUAACGUACGUCAUAACAAUGUUCGUGACGGUCACUGUGUACGUUGCUAUGUUGACGGCAACGCUCACACUCCCUACACUCUCUCCGACACUUAACACUUUAGAGGAGCUUGUGAGAUCCGAUUCCUCGUGGGGUAUACAGGACUUGGGCGCCGCAGACUACCAGCUCCUGAAGUCUUCGAAAGUCCCUUUGUACCAGGAGGUGUUCAGGGGCCUCAGUCCUUGUCCCUCGCUCGAUGAGUGCAUUACGCUCGCCCGGGACUCGAAGUACGCCUUUAUUACAUGGCGGACUUAUCUGGAGGAUCGGAUCGCUGUGAGGUUCACAUCUGCGACCGGUGAGAAGCAGCUGCACGUGGCUACCGGGGACAUAUUUCCGGUAGAGCUUGGGUGGGCCAUGAACCCGGGCUGCCCAUAUCGCCACGCCUUUAACAGGAAGAUCAGAGCACUGUUGCAAAGCGGUCUUAUCUCCAAGUGGCUGGACGACCUGAUCCACGACCCCCAACGACGAGAGCUGGACGGGGAGGAGACUGUCAUCAUGACCGAGGGCAUCCAGCCUCUCAGUCUCAGUCAUCUCCAGGGCGUUUUCUUUCUCCUGGGCAUAGGGUUCAGCCUCUCGUGCAUCUCCUUUGCCUGUGAAACCACGCUGUGUACAAAGAAGAAAACGGGGAUAUAGAAAAUGGAAAUGUAGAAAACGGUAACACAGAAAAAAGGAAUUGUAGUAAACGAUUAUAUAGUAAAUGGAAAUGUAGAAAGAAGAGAUGGAGAAAACGUGAACAUAGAAAAUGGAAAUAUAGAUAACGGUAACACAGAAAAAUAAAUUGUAGUAAACGAUUAUAUAGAGAAUGGAAAUGUAGAAAGAGGAAAUGGUGAGAACGUGAACAUAGAAAAUGGAAAUGUAGAAAAUAGCAUCACAGAAAACGGAAGUAUAGAAAACAGAUAUAUAGAAACUGCAAAGGCAAAAAACGUGAAUAAAGAAAAUGGAAAUGUUUGAAACCUAUAUAGAAAAUUGAAGUAUAGUAAACGGAAAUAUAGAAAACGAAACUAUGAAUAGCGUAAUGACUGGAAACGUCGACGUUCUGCAAGUCACCUCAGACACAGAAAUACAUAAGAAGCAAAUUACACGAUCUAUGCAAACACAUGUGUACACUACACAGGCACAUGUCAUUUAGAACGGAAUGUGUAUCACAUAUAC